CAAAUCCUUCUUCCCCUUGGCCAUUUCUUAAAACGUAGAUCAAGCAUGGAAAUUCUAUCGUUGCCUUUACUCAUCUUAGCGUUAAUAGGUGGGUCACACGCAGCUGGCAUCUCCGUAUACUGGGGCCAAAACGUGAAUGAAGGCACCUUAGCAGCUGCUUGCGCCACCGGCAACUAUGCCUUUGUGAACAUAGCUUUCUUAUCCUCGUUCGGAAACGGCCAGACGCCGACCCUCAAUUUAGCGGGCCACUGCAAUCCAGCAUCCAAUGGUUGCGCUGGUCAGACCAAUGACAUCAGAGCCUGUCAGAACAGCGGCAUUAAAGUCUUACUUUCUCUCGGAGGUGGCUCCGGUGGGUAUUCCCUAUCUUCCUCAGAUGAUGCUCGCCAAGUGGGGGAGUAUCUCUGGAACAAUUUCCUCAGUGGUCAAUCACAGUCUCGUCCGCUCGGUGAUGCCGUCCUGGACGGCAUCGAUUUUGACAUCGAAGGUGGCUCGACCCAGCACUGGGACGAGUUGGCCCGGUACCUCUCGGACAAGAGCCAGCAAGGGAAGAAGAUCUACUUAUCAGCGGCGCCGCAGUGUCCAUAUCCCGACGCUUACCUCGCAACUGCACUCAACACAGGUCUCUUUGACUACGUUUGGAUCCAGUUUUACAACAAUCCACCAUGCCAAUACGCAGGUAGCAUUGACAAUCUUGUGAAUUCUUGGAACCAGUGGACUUCAUCAGUGCAGGCGGGCCAGAUCUUCUUGGGUCUGCCAGCGGCGUCCGACGCAGCCCCUAGUGGUGGGUUCAUCCCUGCAGCUACACUCACCGGUCAAGUGCUGCCGGCGAUCAAGAGCUCAUCAAAAUAUGGUGGUGUCAUGCUGUGGUCCAGAUACUACGAUACUCUCUCUGGAUACAGCUCCUCCAUUAGGAGUGCUGUUUGAGCUUUGAACUGCUCUUGCUUGUUUUCAUUAUUCAUACAAAUAAAAACCUGGCUGUACUCUUCCGCUUCAUCCGUAUAAUGUUAUAAAUAAAUAAAAAUACUUAUAUA